GAACAGCGCGAGAAAGGGAAAAAAAAUCACCAGCGACCUGUUUCAAGUCCCCCCAAUAGAAACUGUGCCUGAUUUGUGGCCAAUGUUGGAGAUGUGAAAAAAAAAGGGGAGAGAAGAGGAGGGGGGAGGGAAAACACUAAAGGGGGUAGCUAUGGAGAUAGACCGUUUUCCUGGCUGCUUUCUUUGACAGGUGUUGAGUGGGGUAAAAGUCUUAAAACAGAAUCCAGCAUGUACGCCAAAGGUAAAGGAGCUGUCGUCCCUUCUGAUAAUCAAGCGAGAGAAAAGUUAGCUUUAUAUGUGUAUGAGUACUUGCUGCAUGUCGGCGCACAGAAAUCAGCACAGACCUUCCUGUCAGAGAUCCGAUGGGAAAAGAAUAUCACAUUAGGAGAGCCUCCUGGAUUCCUGCACUCAUGGUGGUGUGUAUUCUGGGAUCUGUACUGUGCAGCUCCAGAUCGACGGGAGACAUGUGAACAUUCCAGCGAGGCCAAGGCUUUCCACGACUAUAGUGCGGCAGCAGCUCCCAGUCCUGUGAUGGGCAACAUGCCGCCCAAUGACGGUAUGCCAGGUGGACCCAUGCCUCCCGGCUUCUUUCAAGGCCCACCUGGGUCACAACCAUCACCACACUCACAGCCCCCUCCACACAACCCCAACAACCCCAUGAUGGGGCCGCACGGCCAGCCUUUCAUGUCUCCACGGUACCCAGGUGGACCCCGCCCAUCACUCCGCAUGCCAAAUCAGCCUCCCGUUGGAGUCCCAGGGCCACAGCCGCUCCUGCCAAACAGUUUGGACCCUACCAGACCGCAAGGACAUCCAAACAUGGGCGGCCCGAUGAGGAUGAACCCACCCAGAGGAAUGGGAGGCAUGGGCCCACAGGUUGGCUGA